AUGGCCACACUAUCUCAUUGGGUUCCUUUCCACCACCCUUCUUCUUCCCACAAACUUAGCUCGUCCUUCUCAUUCCCUCUCCCUUCUCUCCGCUCCGUCAAUCCUCCCUGGAAGCCAGACUCAAACCAUUCAAUCUUCUGCACUUCUGCAACCAAGAAACCCAGGAGUAGAAGUAGAAAGACGAAGAGCGAUGAGGAUCUUCGAAAUGAUAUUAAACAGUUCUUGUCUGACGUUGGUUUGCCUCCUGAUCAUGUGCCCUCCACAAAGGAGCUCUCUGCUCAUGGAAGGCAAGACCUUGCAAAUAUUGUUAGGCGACGAGGAUACAAAUUUAUGAAAGAGCUUCUUGCACCCUCAUUCGAGACUCAAACCAUCAGCUAUUCUCAGACUGUGUCAACUGGUCUGAAUGAGGAAGUGGAUACCUCCUCUGGAGGUAUGUCCUUGUCGACUGAAGACGCAAAACUGUUACAUCAGGAUAUAGACUCGGUUAAAGAUGAUUCCAUGUCAAGUGAAGCUUCCUUAGUGAAAGUGGAUGAAAGUGCAUGUGCUGAAGUUGCUUCCUCAACACAUGGUGCAGCUGAAGCUAUUGUAUGGGAAGGCUACACAACUUCUGAUGAAGCAGAUACAGAGCUCCCUCCUGAAAAUCACAUCCCCAGUACUGAAGAAUCUUCAGUUCAUCCAUGGCUGCAAGAAAAGGUGGAGAAGUUUAUCCAACAUGGAGAAUUGGAUAGUAUCGAAGAAAAUGAUCUUACAUUAUGUGGUGCCGAAGUAUUAAAUGGAAGUGUGGCAUCUUCUUCUCAUCAAAUGGAAGAUCGAGAGUUUCAAAUGUAUCCCUCAAGGAUUGAAAGUGGGUCAACUGAUGAGACAAAGAUAGUGAGUCCAGAAGAUGAGGCUCAGAAAACAGAUGAUCAGAAUGAAAUUAACCGACUGAAAAAGUUCCUGCAUCAGAAGGAGUUGGAAUUGAUCCAGUUGAAGGAACAACUUGAGAAUGAAAAGCUUGCUCUGUCUAUGUUUCAAACUAGAGCACAGAGAGAAAUAAGUGAAGCGCAGAAACGUAUUUCUGAUAAAGAUGCUGAAUUGCAUGCUACUGAAGAGAUUCUUUCAGGAAUGGAGGAGGUUGAGAUUCAGUUCUGGAGUGAGGGUGAAGUUGUUGAGGUGGCGGGCAGCUUCAAUGGCUGGCACCAGAGUAUUAAAAUGGAAUCUCAACCGCCUUCAAGUAUCUCAGUCGCUACAAGAUCACAGAAAUCUCGACUUUGGAAAACACUUUUAUGGCUUUACCCCGGGGUUUAUGAGAUAAAAUUCAUCGUGGAUGGGCAUUGGACAGUUGAUCCUCAUAGGGACUUUUGUGGAUGGUUACCUGAACCAAUCAAUCAACCAAUCCAGUUGCAUAACUUUUUGCCAAAUGCCAUUGCUGCACUGCACUACACUGGUUCUGACAAACUUGGACAAACGAAAUUCCAGAAUGCUGCUGCAAGAGCUUAUGUAAAUUUUAACAGCCGAUAG